CCCUAUGCUCCACCCCUCCACCCCAUGGCUCCGCCCAGCCCCAGCCACAACAGCUGCAGUCACGGCGGAUCCGAGCUGCUGAGUAAAACUAACCUGUACAUCCGAGGCCUGCCCCCAGGGACCACGGACCAGGAUCUCAUCAAGCUCUGCCAACCAUAUGGAAAAAUUGUGUCAACCAAGGCGAUCCUGGACAAGAACACCAACCAAUGCAAAGGAUAUGGCUUUGUGGACUUUGAUAGCCCAGCUGCAGCACAAAAGGCGGUGUCGUCUCUCAAAGCCACCGGGGUGCAGGCUCAAAUGGCUAAGCAACAGGAGCAGGACCCCACCAACCUGUACAUCUCCAACCUGCCCGUGUCCAUGGAUGAGCAGGAGCUGGAGAACAUGCUGAAGCCCUUCGGUCACGUCAUCUCCACGCGCAUCCUGAGGGACGCCAACGGGGUCAGCAGAGGGGUCGGCUUUGCCAGGAUGGAGUCGACUGAGAAAUGUGACGUGGUGAUACAGUAUUUCAACGGGAAAUACCUGAAAACCCCGCCAGGCAUUCCAGCUCCCAAUGAGCCUUUACUGUGCAAAUUCGCUGACGGAGGGCAGAAGAAACGGCAGAGCCAGAGCAAGUACCCGCAGAACGGGCGGCCAUGGCACAGGGAAGGCGAGACUGGUAUGCAGUUAACAUAUGAUCCUGCAGCGAUGCAGAACGGGUUCUACUCCUCGCCUUACAGUAUCGCCACCAACCGCAUGAUCGCACAGACAUCCAUUACGCCCUUCAUCGCUGCUUCCCCCGUCUCCACAUAUCAGGUCCAGAGUACGUCAUGGAUGCCUCAUCAACAAUACGUUAUGCAACCCACAGGUGCAGUGAUCACCCCAGCCAUGGACCACACCAUGUCCAUGCAAUCUGCCAACAUGAUGGGCCCGCUCUCCCAGCAGAUGAACCAUCUGUCCCUGGGCACUACAGGAAGUUACAUGACUGCUGCGGCUGCCGGGGCGCCUAUGCAAGGGACCUACAUUCCUCAGUACACGCCUGUGCCUCAGACAGCCGUCCCUGUUGAAGGAGUGGUCACGGACGCCUCUCCUCAGUCAGUGGCCCCCUCGUCGCAUGACGUGAGUGGGCAGCAGCAGCAGAUCCAGGUGGACGGGUCCAGCGACCAUGUUGCUUACUCAUACCAGUCCAAGUGA